AUGUGUCAUGUUUUCCUCAUUGUGUAUGUUUGUGUACUGCCCCUAAAGGGCGGGUCCUCUGCUCUUCCUUAUUUGGAGAAGUGUGGGGAGGGGAGAGGGGGGAGGUCACAUGGGCACACAGCCGUCUCCAAAGCGACAAAGAGUGCGAGGAGCAUAAGCAGACAGAGCAGAGGAUUUAAGAGCGGUCUGCCGGCACAUGGUGGAAACAUGCCCACCAACUUCACUGUGGUCCGAGUGAAGGACGCCAGAGGAGCCCAGCGCAGCCCCUCGGAGGACAAUGUGCUGAGGGAGGAGGAUGAAGAGGCUACAGUUCAGCAUCUCAAGUCCUGUAAAUUUGGAAUCAAAAGUCCAGUUGUAAAAUCACGGACGCAGACAUUGUUUGGGGGUGAAGUCAAAGUCCAGAGAAGAGCGUGCGAGCCGGUGCUGCUCGUGAUUGUGUUUGGAGAGCGCUGA